UCAGUUGUCUUAGUCGCAAUUGAAAUCUGUCAGUAAGUUAAUUAACUGGCAAUAAAGCUGUCAGUACCACCACCCUCCAACUCCAUUCCCAUCUCUGUAUAUAAGUGACUGACUGUGUGCAGUAGUCAUUAGCUGCAGGAAUGAUCAGUCGACACCAACAAUAAACAGUUUGAGCAGACGGAUAUCCCUAAUAACGAAAAUUAAUGCAGCCCUAAAGAAGCUUGUACCGUAUGCUGAAACUACCAACAUAUGAAAUAGUAACUGUUUGUCGUAACAACUGAUAAAUUUCAAAGCCUGGUAUCUUGAAAAGUGGACUUUUACUAAAAGAUGUUUAAUUCAAGCAUGUGGCAUUCAUCAGGUUCUUAAGUUAUGUUAUUUAGAGGACAUUUUUUAAAAUAUGCUUUAGUCAAUUCCAUUAUGAAAUUUAGUAAAAAGAUCCAAAUUAAGAGGAUUAAAUAGUUUUGUAUAAAUGUGUUCCUAGAAAAGAAAGAAGAUCUAGGCAUUUACUGCUUGUGUUUCCUCUUAUGAACAUCUGUUGAUGGAAAAAAUGUUACACACACAGGCAAAAUGUCACAGAUGUGAAGUUUGUGGGAAAAUAUUAUCUAACAAUUUUAAAUUAUUGGCUCACAACCGUACUCAUACGGGUGAGAAACCAUACAGUUGUGAAACCUGUGGGAAAGCAUUUUCACAUUAUGGCUCCUUUGUAGUACAUAAACGUGUUCACACAGGAGAAAGACCAUACCACUGUGAAAUUUGUGGUAAAACAUUUUCUUACAUUGGUCACUUGACAAGACAUAAACGGAGCCAUACUGGAGAACGUCCAUACGUUUGUACGGUUUGUGGGAAAACAUUCCCCGAUGUUACUCGUUUUUCAGAUCAUAAACGUAUUCACACAGGGGAAAAGCCUUACCAAUGUGAAUUUUGUGGAAAAACAUUUACUCUGAAAAACCAGCUAAAAGUUCAUAAGCGAAUUCAUACGGGUGACAGACCUUACCAUUGUGAUGUUUGUGGGAGGUCAUUUGCUCAGAACGCUCACUUGACCGGUCAUAAACGUACUCACACAGGAGAAAAAUCAUUCCACUGUGAAAUUUGUGGUAAAUCCUUUACGCAAAAUAGUAGCUUAUCUGUUCAUAAAUAUACUCACCUUGAAGAAAAACCAUACAACUGUGAUAUUUGUGGGAAAGCCUUUUCUCAUAAUCGUUUGUUAUCAAAUCAUGCACGUACCCACACAGAAGUUAAACGAUACCAAUGUGAAAUCUGCGGGAAAGCCUUUCAUCGAAAGAGUGCCCUUUCAGUUCAUAAACGUAGUCACACAGGUGAGAAGCCAUACAAAUGUGCACUUUGUGAGAAAACAUUUUCUCGAAGUGGGAGCCUUGCAGUUCAUGUACGCAUUCACACUGGUGAAAAGCCAUACCAUUGUGACUUGUGUGGCAAAUUAUUCUCUGGAAAGAGUAGUCUUUCAGAUCAUCUACAUUUUCACUCCAGGAGAAAAUCAUACCACUGUGAAGUAUGUGGCAAAACAUUUUCUCAGGGUCGUACCUUAAUUAUUCAUAAACGCAUUCAUACAGGAGUGAAGCCCUACCAAUGUGAUACUUGUGAUAAAGGAUUUUCUAAAAAAUGUUAUUUAUUGCAUCAUAAGUGUAUUCAGAUUAAAAAAGAAUCACAAAUUUUGUGAUUUUUGAUUGA